UGGAAGCCCACGACGACGAUGCCUGGCUCAAUCUGCUUUCGUUGAUUUUCCGCGUUUAGUGAUUGUUGGCGGCGUUUUUUCCGCUGUAUGUGCGCGCGCUUGUGUGCUGUUAGUGUACCGGGAUACCGGCUAGCGGCAGCAUAAAAAUAAGAAGCAACAAACACAGCACGCAGGUGAUAAAAGGUGUAAAUGCGUAACACUGAAGCUCAGGCAGCAGCAGCAGCAGCAGCGGAUAAUGUAAGAGAGUGCGCUCGUAUGAUUCGGAGACGCAGGCGUAACGUUGACGACAAAACAAAAACGGGGGGAAUGCCAGCUACUUACCCCCCCUCGUAGUGAGAGGCGACACACACCAGACGAUGACAGCGAAAGGGGUGUAAGUUCCGGAUACCAACCGACCAGCCAGUCGUGAAGAUACUGCCACCCGCGGUGAUCGUGUGAUUGAAUGCGCGUGUUACAAACCAACUGGAGUGUGUGCCACUGUGUUCCGUGAUGUCUCGCCGGAGUUCCCCUACUCCCAACCCCCUUUUUUUAAGCCUCAUAAUUCGUGUUUGUCGUGUUUGUUCUGGGUGAUGGUGGCGCGAAGGGCAAUCGAAAACAAAAAAAAAACGAAUCUCCCGUCAAUCAGCUCGCAACAACAACGCGGCCACUAGCAGCAGCACGCUCGGAACGUGUGAUUUUACAGCACAGCCAGCCCGCGCCAUCGGCCAGACGACAGAGUUGGUGCGUGUGUCUCUACGGGUGUGAUUUUGAAUGUUUUGUGCCUUCGAACUCGUGGUCGAGCGCGCGUGGAAUCCACCGCUUGCCGUUUAAACGGAAGAAAACAACAACGUAGGAGCACAGAGGAGGAGAGGGUGUCUUGUGGCUACGGUGACGAAGUAAGGAAUGUGCGCAACUCCUUCCCCACGCAACACCACCAGUCGGUGAUUCAUAGUCGUGUUUGGCCGGUGAUGAUGAUACACACGGCGACAGCAGCGCGGCACCAGAAGCAGCAGACGUUCCGUUCACCGUCGAUCGACAGAAACUCCACAGAAAGCGGUGCCCGAAAGGCAACAGUUUCGCUGAAGUGUAAGCAACAACAACAACAGCAUCGAGUCAUCGUCGUCAUCAGCGAUUUGUGCGCGUACAGUGGUCGAUGUUUCCUUGGAUCAUUCGCUUUUGCGCGAAAGGAGGCGUCUGUGUUUCCGUGUGACCCCGUGACAUCAGCAGCAGCAGCAGCAGUGAGGUUCCAUCGUCAUUAAAAGGGUUCUCCGGGCGAGGACGGGGAUUUGCUUGUGACCCCACAAACAACUGUGUGUGUGUGUUUGACCCGCAUCGAACAGAGACUCCUCCGUGGUGCGUCAUCGAAAUUCUUCACCUUCGGGUGAAGGUGAACGCGAGCCACGGUGUCGCGGUAGCGAAACGACGAUCAUCGCGCUUAGGAGCCGCAAACACCUUCUUUUUUUUAACCUUUUCGUGGCCAACACCACGAGGGGAAAGUGACCAUUCGCUGUGGACGACUGUGAACGUGUGCUUUUUUUUUGGAAUGUAAUUGCUGACCAUACGGCCCUUGAAAGAGCGGAUGAGAUGAGCACCGAGCUCUCGGCAUCGACGAUUAUCGGCCUGCGGCUACUCGAUCAUAUGUGAACCGUUCCCUCGUAGCAUCCUCUGAACAGUGCAGUGCCAUCGUGAAACGGUGAAACGACGAAGCAAGUGAAUACUGUGGCCAAGGUGUGAUUAUCGGACGUCGCGGGUUGUGAUCCAGCGAGACCUGUUAUUUAUCGCACCAGUGAGAGAGGUGAAUCUGCCGCCAGUGCAGGGCAGUGCUGCGACCCGUUGCCACGAGCGAGAUCCUCGCAGGACAGGAAAGCAAAGGCUCAUGAAACAUGAGCACGGGUGGCGGUAGCAAAAUGGGCGUGAAAUCGGACUCCGGAAAGGAUCAUUCAUCAUCGGGAGGCGGUGGCAUGAGUGACGAUAACAAUAGUAACAGCACACCACUGAGCGACAUGGCACAGGCGUCAGCGAAUGGUGGUGGCAGCGGCAACAGCAACGUUGGAGGAUCCGGUAUGCCCAACGGCGGCGGUGGUUCUGUGGCAUCCGGUCUGCCACCGAAUGGUCACGGCGGAAACAACGGCAAUAAUGGUCCACCGGCCGGUGGCCUGGUCCCAUCACAUCAUUACCAGCAGCAGCCGCAUCCCGCACACCAUCUGCAUCAGCGACACCAUUUCCAUCAUGCUCAUGAGCAGCAGCAUCAGCAGCAACCCAAUAAUAAUGGUGGAUCGUCGAUCAUCGGAGCAGGCGACACGAGUGAGACGGGUAGCUUUUACGACCAAAAAACGGAUCUAAGUUCACCUGCUGGUACCGGUCCGGCCGGGAUUAACCACACUCAUCAUCAUCACCUGGAGGAUCAGGAUGGUCUCGGGCCGUUGCCGCUCAAGUGGGAAAAGGCGUACACCGACAGUGGCGAGGUGUACUUUAUCGAUCACAACACCGGUACAUCGCACUGGCUCGAUCCGCGGUUGUCCAAGUUCCAGAAAAAGUCACUCGAAGACUGCCAGGACGAUGAGCUGCCGUACGGUUGGGAGAAGAUCUGCGAUCCACACUACGGCACGUACUACAUCGAUCAUGUGAACCGCAAAACGCAGUACGAAAACCCGGUACUGCAGGCGAAAAGAAUGCAGGAACGAGGUGGCAGUGGUGCUGGUGGUGGCAGCAUCAGCGGUGGUGGUGCUGGUCCCAUGGGCCCACUGGACAAUGGACCGUCGGGGCUCGAUGCUCCCGGUGGCGGCAGCGUUGCUUCCGGUGUCAUCGGGAAUGGUGGUGGCGGUGGACGGGUGAAUCAUUUCACCAAAAACCCGGCCAUGCUGCGCGGCGAACGACUGAUGACGACGUUGGUCAAGUCAACGCGCGGUCUCGGUUUCACCAUCGUCGGUGGGGACGACAGUGUGGAGGAGUUUCUGCAGAUCAAAUCGAUCGUCCCGAACGGACCGGCGUGGCUCGACGGGAGGCUCAAGAUGGGCGACGUGCUGGUGUACGUGAAUGAUAUCUGCGUGCUCGGGUUCACACACCACGAGAUGGUCAACAUUUUUCAGUCGAUCAUGCCGGGCGAAGAGGUGCAUCUGGAUGUGUGCCGCGGUUAUCAGCUACCGUUCGAUCCGAACGAUCCCAACACCGAGGUAGUGACGACGAUCGCCGUCGAUGGACUUACGAAUGGUGGCGCAGUGACGGAUAGUGAGCUAAAGUUUCUGGAAAACGGUGGCUUCCUCGAUCCGGCCGGACGGUCCUCGGAUGUUCCGCACAAAAAUCCACUGGCAAAAAUUCAAUCUCCCGGCGGUGUGGUGACCUCGAACGGUGGUGAUGUGUACUUUAACGAUACGCUUUCGUACCAGCAGCACUACAAGGGUAAAGCGGUUGGGGGCGCAUUCGAAAUGCCCGAACUGCUACACAUCAACAUCGUGAAGAGUGACAAUGGUUUCGGUUUCACGAUCACCGACAGUUCGUACGGGCAGCGUGUGAAGAAAAUACUGGACCGACAGUGCUGCAAGAAUCUGCAGGAAGGUGACGUUCUGCUCAGUAUCAAUUCGAUUUCGGUCAAAGAUAUGACCCACAACGAGGUGGUGCAAGUGUUGAAGGAUUGUCCGAAAAACAUUGAAACCACACUGAAAGUGCAGCGUGGUCCUGGUGGUCUGUUUGGUGGUGGUAGUGUAGCGGCCGCUGCUGCUGCUGCAGCGGCUGCAGCAUCUUCCAACGUGCAUCCUCCCCAGGGCGGCAGCAGCAAACUGUCGAACAAGCUGAGAAAGGGUAUCGAAAUGGCCAAGUUCGGCGGUAGCUCGUCUGGCGGAGGGUUACUGAAGAAGGAAGGUUCAGGUGGAUCGCUGCUAGCGAAUGGUAGCCUGUUUCGCAGCAAAACACCAACCGCCGAUCUGUACAGCACACAGACGAAGGAAAUCUUGCCAACACGCCCAAAAACACCGCUCGUGGAUACGCGGGCACGGGCGAAAACGCCUUCGCUGCCACUGGCCGAUCUCAAUGCGGAUGAAAUAGAGCUCGAUGGUGGAAAGCUGCAGGUUGCGACCACGGAGAACGGUGGAAGGUUAGAGCUAAACAUGAAAUCGAACGGCAGCUCGCACGAUACGGACUCGAUCGCGAACGAUAUUGGCAUGUAUCAUCAGGCCGACGACCAGUACCAUCAUCAUACGCAGCUAAAACACUCGAAUCUCUCCGAUCGGCUGGGUGAGCUGACGAUCAGUAGCUCGAACAACAGCGAAGCAGCGCUCUAUCACCACCAUCAGCCACCGUUCCUGCAUCAGCAGCAGCAACAGCAGCUGAUGCAGCAUCCCGCAGGAGCUGGAGGGCCUUACCAUAAUCCCAAUGGUGGCAUGGGCGGCUACAAUCAACUGUAUUCUCCCCCUCUCGUACCACCACCACCAGCACCUCCACUUUCCGUUGGUGGUCAGCCACCGUAUCAUCAUGAGAAUUGCUUCUGCUACGAAUGCCAGGACUACCAACAACGGCAACAGCACCAGCAACAGCAACAGCAACGACAUCUUCAGCAGCUACAUCACCAUCAGCAGCAGCAGCAGCACUUGAUGAAUCAACGCCAUCAGCUUGCUCCAGGGAACGCUUCGAUGCAUAAUGUCGGUUCUCCCUCACCUCACUUGCAGCAGUCGCACCAACAGCACCCGCAGCAGCAGCAACAACACAAUGCUCCUUACAACCUGCCACCUCAGAUGAGCGACAACAUUGGUAAACGGUUGAACGAGUAUUUGAUGGAUCGGAAGCGUUCCCUUCAUCAGGGGCCUCCCGGCGUCCAGAUUGGGCCACCACCUCCGGUCCCGCAGUAUGACAAUCUGCACUUCCCACAGCAUAUGCCACCACCACACCACCAGCCGCUUCACCUUCUGCAUGGCCAUCAUCCAGCUCCAACGCAUGCUCUGUACGAUGCAAUGCCACCACAGCAAUCGUCACCAUCCAGUCAAGCCUACUAUGGUGGCGGUGGCGGUGGCAUGAACCAACCGGGCACCGCCAACUGGAUGCUCGGACAGGGCCACCAGCAACAGUCACAGCUUUCUCCUUCGCAACAUCACUUCUACGCGGGUGGUGGAGGAGGAGGAGGAGGGUAUCCUGGUGUAAACGCUGGUUUACCACUUACCUCCUCACAGCAGCUCGACGAGUACACCCUCUCGGAGGUGACACUGGAGCGGCAGGCGCUUGGGUUUGGGUUUCGCAUCGUUGGCGGCACGGAAGAGGGAUCCCAGGUGACGGUCGGACACAUCGUUCCUGGUGGUGCGGCCGAUAAGGAUACGCGUAUCGCGACCGGCGAUGAGAUACUCAACAUCAACGGUGUCAAUGUGGAAAAUGCAUCCCAUCACCGUGUAGUGCAGCUGAUGGGUGAAGCAGGAUUGCGGGGCCAGGUGACGAUGAUACUGCGCCGCCGGCAGCUAUCGAAGCCACCAGCACCGCCACCGAAUCCGCGCUACCCGUACACGGUGCUAGUAACGCGCAAGGAGAACGAGGGCUUCGGAUUCGUGAUCAUCUCGUCGUCCGGGCAAUUUCUGGGCUCCUCGAUCGGUGAUCUUAUACCGGGCAGUCCAGCGGAAAGGUGCGGUGAACUGAAGAUUGGCGAUCGGAUCAUUGCCGUAAACUCGAUCGACAUUACCGGUAUGAGCCAUAGCGAUGUGGUCAAUCUGAUCAAGGAAUCGGGCCUGCAGGUAAAGCUAACGAUCGACAGUCCGCGUGACGGCAUCAUGCAUCCGGCGAUCGGAUCGCUGAUCCAACCGAGCGUACCGACGACCACGUCCGCUGCCGGUUCGCCCCAGAAUGGUGGUGGGACGGUUGGGGGAGGUCCUCCACAGGUGCUUAGCUCGAACACGGAUCUGUACGUAAGUAGCAACAGUACAUCCGGCGGUAGCACCAACGGUCCAACGAUCAAUCGUUAUCCGGCAAUCAUCUCCUGAUUACGGAUACGACUCCAGCAGCAGCUGGUGGAACAUCCACGAGGAGGAGGAGGAGGAGGAGGAGGAGGAGGAGCAGCAGGAGGCGCACCAACCACUUGAAUGAUUGAGUGAACCAAUUUACCAAAGUUUUAGAGGAAACGGAAACUCUGUUGUAAUGGUGUAAGGGGUUUUCAUUCGCGUCCCAUCCCGCUGCCGUAAAAACCACUUGCACAGCAACAACAAUGAUGGCCCGUUGUUGGCAGAAUCCCGUCGUCCUCUUGCUCAAAUAGCCACCUCAACAUUAGAUUAAGCUAUGAUUAAGAGAUGACGACCGACCAUUUCUCGUUGGUGGCCGUUUUGUGGUGACAGCAGCGGCAACGGAGGAGAGAGAGCCGCAUGAUUUGUCUCUGCUGUUUUUUUCCAGCAGGCACCAGCGCAAUGCUUUAUGUUCCUUCUGUUAACCCUCUCUUUCUCUCUGUCUUUUUCUUGAUCUCUUUUACCGGGUGGGUGUGGGGGCGGGUGGUUCACCGUUCUGUGUCUGCAUUCGUUACCCACCCCGUUGUGUUCUCAGCAGCAGGUAACGCUCAACCACCGGUAGACAACAUAUGAUUACGAAGCUCCCAUUGUAUGUAUCCAUCGCCCGUGGGAGAAUGUUGCGAAACAUUCCCACCUUUCGCCAACCGACCGUACCAAUUGGUUGCGCCAAUGUUCUGUUGGAAUGGAGGCAAAGUUUUUAUUCUUCGGGACCGUAGCGCGAAUAACACGAUCGCAAAUGAUAACCGGGGCUCGCUCCGGUCGCGCGAGAAUAACAUUUCGGCAAUAAAAACGUUGCCGAGCAAUUUUUGGUUAUGCUUUAACGAUACAAAUGGGGCCAAUCUGCUGUAACACGCUUAUGGAUGAACUUAUCUCAUGGCAAACGGUAAUAACCGGUGGAUCCUCAUUCGCAAUCAUGUGCAUAUCAAUUUCUUGUUACAAAUUGCCACUGAGCCACUUACGAAUGAGGUGUCGUUAGUUGGAAAAAUUAAGUACCGGUACCUCUCGGUAGGACACUUGACACUUCGUCUGCUCUUCUCUUAUUGGUACUAUCGUAUUCGAAUUCUGCAUUUUACAAUCCUGUUUCUGUUUUCUGUUUUCUCGUUUCCCAUUUGGAUAAUGAACUGGAGAUGGUAGAACCAUCGCCAAGGACUGAAGCGAAAUCUGUGAAAGUAAAGUGUGGAAAGUGGUUUCUAUUGAAUCAAAUUGAAGGAAGACUUAAACAAACAAGCAAACAAAAACGUAAUCCAUCCUGUGAAACAAACAAUUCUUGCCUUACGUACCCCACUUAUGAUUAGACGAUCACGCGAUGUUAACAAAAGGGUAGAAAACCAACGAGGGCACCGACGCGGCAACGCGUCGUUGUUUCCGGAAGCAGGUAGCUCAAGCCUCAAAUCGUGGUCCCAUUUUUCGCAGCUUAGCAUAUACGGUAACGUGAACGUGAGCAAACAGUAUCUGAAAGUUCAGUUGCGUACGGAGGCUUGGUUGGAGACCACGUACAGUUCAGCGAAGCGUGAUAAGAGAGAGAGAGAGAGAGAAAAGAACCAUAUAGACUAGAGAUAGAGCGCAGCAAGCAACGUGUUUUAUGUGUACUUAACGUACUUUUUUUUUGUACUGCUAGUAGCUCAUUUUUUUAGAACGAAUUUUACCACCACCACGACCACGAUCAUCAUCCAAUCAAGUUUUGUGAGGACGUUUUACAUAAACAUAUACAGAACCAUAUAUACGCAUUUACCUAUAUCUAUAUACACACGGUCACACCUACAUAGUUGGUGUGGCAAAUUUUGAACGAUCGCAUUUACAGACAACAUAAGUACGCCCUCAAACGCAUAUAUAUAAAUAUGUAGAAUAGUGAACCAUAAAGUUAAAUGCUCUCCCCGUUAAAAACCGUGUGCCAGUACAAACGGACCCCGGUAGAAAGUGAUGAAUGAAAGCAAUACGUGUUGUGUAGAUAUGUCCAUUAGGAUCACUGUUUUUAUUGAAUGCAAAACCUUGCGAUCCAUGCUGUAUUGCGCGAUCGUUAUCUAACAAAUUCCAUCCCGUGGCCUUCCUCUCCCUUUUGUACAUCACAUUUUAGGAACGAAUCAGUUAACACACUUGCGAACGAUCGGGGUAGAUAUAUAUAUAGAUAGCUCAGCACAUGAUAUCAGAUGUCAGAAUCAAAACAAAGUGCCUCCCUGUUGUUUUAGAAUUAACAAAAAAAAAGAAGCCCCUAGGCCCCUAGGCGUACGAGUGGAUAAGCAUCCACCUUAUCCGCUAGUGCGUUCUAAACCCACUCGUUGUAGACUAGAAUACAAUCAAACGUUGUAAUGUUGUGUUGUAAUGUAUGGUUAAUUUAAAAUAAUAGCGAACGAUAAGAAUCUGCGACCAUCCUCCCAAUGGUAGUUUGUGUUUGCAAAUGUACAAAAUUAGGAGAGUUAGAACAAGGCAGAGGAUAAUCCGUAUGUUUAUUAAUUGCGCGUUUACUGUAUAGAUACUACACGUAUUAGGGACGAUGUUUAAGAUAAGAAAAUGUAACACUAUACAAAACAUAUGCAUGCGUGGAGAGCGAGAAAAGCUUAUAAUGAUUGUUAACCAAUCCAUUUGUUAAUGACACAAAACCUACAGGUACAGCGUGCCUGCGUUGGCAUUGUGGUCAUUUCGGUAAAAGGACGAAGUCCAGCGGAAAUGCGUGGACCGAGUAGGGCGCAGGUUUGUUUGCUUUAAGGGUUUAAUAUUUGUACAAGCAAUAAUAUUCUUCCACACCAAAAGAACGUGCGCGAGCAAGUGUGUAACGUGUUCUGUUGCAGUAUUCUCCGAGUAGUGGAAUCAAACGGUGUUUUAUAUACAACAUAAAUAUGGUUACAUAAAAGUUACACGAGAAAAAGUGUAUGUGAAAACCAACCAACCCCCCUCAAUAAAGCUAUAGUAGUUGAAUA